CCCGCGUUUCGAUCUACAGCUUAUCUCGUACAGGCAAAACAACAUUACCUUCCGGCCAUACUCUGAGCGUCAAUGCCGACUUCACGCGCCAGGCCCUCUUCGUCUCCCAGCAGCUGGAAGUUUCGGAACGCUACAUCGCAGGUAUUCUACACGCGCUGACUGUCUCCUCACCGCACCUGCAUACCCAGCCUGUCCAGUGCGUGGAGGGCGCAAUCGACGAGUACCAUCUGCGCCGACGGCACCUUGCUGAUUCGCUUGUGUACCUAUUGCAGGCGACCGAGGCCGUUUCCCGAGGGGAGGCAGAGGGAAAUAUCAUCUUUCAGCGCGCGGCGGAGUUUGUAUACUUCGAUCUAUUUUCAACGGAGGGUGGAUUGGCACCCAAGAUCAUAAAAGAGCUGCAGAAUCUUGGGGUCCUGGUGGCUAAAGCAGAAGCCGCAAAGAAAAACGCGAGAACUGGAACCAUCCCCCCAACCGGGCAGACUGGAGUUGUCCCCGCGCUCGGGGCCACCGUCUUCCAGGGACAUUCCGAAUCUCUGCAAUACGAACGACGGCAGCUCGGGGCUACCCUUCCACUUCUGGCCCGUCUCGGAUUGCUCAGCUCUGCAGACGUCGAAGCAAUCGUG